UCUCCAGAUGUUCCUGAGUCUCUCUGGCCCCUGUACUGUGGUCAUACUCAGUCCUGAGAGAGCUGGACCUGAGGGACAACAACCUGUGGUACUCUGGAAUGAGGAUUCUCUCUGCUGGACUGAGGAACCCCAACUGUGCCUUACAGACUCUUAGGCUUUCUGGUUGUCUAGUCACAGAGAAAGGCUGUACGUUUCUUGCCUCUGCUCUGGAGUCAAACCCCUCCCACCUGAGAGAACUGGACCUGAGCUUCAAUCACCCAGGAGACUCUGGAGUGAAGCUGCUCUCUGCUAGACGGAAAGAUCCACACUGUAGACUGGAGAAACUCAGUUUGGACCAUGGUGGAGAGUCCAGAAUCAAACCAGGCCUGAGGAAAUAUGCCUGCCAGCUGAAGUUGGACUCAAGGUCAACAGAUGGUGACCUGACUCUGUCCGAGGCCAACACGAGGGUGGUGAGGAGAACGCAGGUUGACCCAUAUCCUUAUUUAGAUUUCUCAGAUUCAGAUGACUCAGAUUACUCACAUCGGCCCAAAAAGUCUGAUAAGUGGGCCAAAGUACGCUGCAGGGAGCCCCUGUCUGAUGGUCGUUUCUACUGGCAGGUUGAAUGGACUGGCUGGGUUGAUAUUGGGGUGACAUAUACACCCAGAUGGGAUCUGGAGAAGAAGAGGUCUUGGGGGCUUUUCUGCUGCAAUGAACAGUACACAUUUAUUCAUAGUAACAGGAUCUCAGUUGUAUCAGUACCCAGACCGGACCCAAAGUGUAUAGGAGUGUAUCUGGACUUUCCGGCCGGCACUCUGUCCUUUUACAGCGUCUCCUCUGGUACACUGACCCACCUGUACACGUACCACACCACGUUCACUGAGCCCCUCUACCCUCAGUUCAAAAUCAUGUGUGAUGAGAUAGAGAUAUUUGGCUCAGUUAAGAUCCAAACUCUGUGAAUGAAACAAACUGGGAGACUCUGGAAUGAAACAAACUGGGAGAUUCUGGAAUGAAACAAACUGCGAGAUUCUGGAAUGAAACAAACUGCGAGAUUCUGGAAUGAAACAAACUGCGAGAUUCUGGAAUGAAACAAACUGCGAGAUUCUGGAAUGAAACAAACUGCGAGACUCUGGAAUGAAACAAACUGGGAGAUUCUGGUAUGAAAGCAGCCAUCACCAGAGUAACUGACAGACAGAUUUUUUAUGUUUGUAAUUAGAUUUAGUCUGUGGUUUUGGGGGGAGGGUUGAAUUGAACUUUAUCGAUACCCAGAUGGGAAAUCAAAAUGGUACAUUGAUGAUCUAAACAAUGAUUCAUGUCAAUAAAGUUUUGUAGGAAACUGAGA